GCAGCUAUGGAGGCGCAGCAGGAGAAAGAAGCGCAGGUUGCUGCGUGGUUGAAAAAAAUAUUUGGAGAUCAUCCCAUUCCACAGUAUGAGGUGAACCCACGGACUACAGAGAUUUUACAUCACCUUUCAGAACGCAACAGGGUCCGGGACAGGGACGUCUACCUGGUAAUAGAGGACUUGAAACAGAAAGCAAGCGAAUAUGAAUCAGAAGCCAAGCAUCUUCAAGACCUUCUCAUGGAAAGUGUGAAUUUUUCCCCUGCCAAUCUGUCUACCACUGGUUCCAGGUAUCUGAAUGCUUUGGUUGACAGUGCAGUCGCCCUUGAAACAAAGGAUACUUCACUAGCUAGUUUUAUCCCUGCAGUGAAUGAUUUGACCUCUGAUCUUUUUCGUACCAAAUCCAAAAAUGAAGAAAUCAAACUUGAAUUGGGAAAACUUGAAAAAAAUCUAACUGCAACUUUAGUAUUAGAAAAAUGUCUAAGAGAGGAUCUCAAGAAGGCAGAGCUGCAUCUGUCCACAGAAAGGGUCAAAGUUGACAGUCGUCUUCAGAACAUGGACUUCCUAAAGGCAAAGUCAGAGGAGUUCAGAUUUGGAAUCAAAGCGGCAGAGGAGCAACUUUCAGCCAGAGGCAUGGAUGCUUCUCUGUCUCAUCAGUCACUAGUAGCACUAUCAGAGAAACUGGCCGAGCUCAAACAACAAACUAUACCUUUGAAGAAAAAAUUGGAGUCCUAUUUAGAUUUAAUGCCGAAUCCAUCUCUUGCUCAAGUGAAAAUUGAAGAAGCAAAGCAAGAAUUAGAUACCAUUGAAGCUGAACUUACAAAGAAAGUGGACAUGAUGGAACUGUGACCAAAGCCAAAUAAACAUGUUUUUCCUAACAAAGUAAAUUGAAUAGAACUUUAAAGAAUUUUCUUCC